AGAUGAGACAUCUUGCUGCUUACCUUAUGCUCGUUUUGGGAGGAAACGAGAAGCCCACUGCUGAAGACAUCAAGUCUGUUUUGGAGGCUGUUGGCGCUGAGGCUGAGGACGAGAAGAUUGAGAAGCUCCUGGCCGAUCUGGAGGGAAAGAACGUUGAGGAAUUGAUCAAGUCUGGAAUGGACAAGCUCGUUUCGAUUCCCACUGGAGGCGCUGCUGCUCCCGCUGCCGGUGCUGCUGCUCCCGCUGCCGAGGAGAAGAAGGAGGAGGCCAAGGAAGAGGAAGAGGAAGAGGAAGAGGACAUUGAUAUGAGCGGAGGUGGUCUUUUCGGUGAUGAUGACGACGACUGGUAAAUUGCGAAUAGUCAGUAAGCUACAUUCUCUUAUAUCAGUUAUUUU